AUGCAGUCUCAUCGGACGCUGUCUCGUGUCCGCAGCCUCAGCUCGCCCCCGGUGAUAUGGCUGUCCCUCGUUCUCGCCGUCGGAGGUGCUGCGGCCGCCGCUCCUUCCUGGAACACCAUCAUUCUCACUGGAACUUACUUCUCUGUGUACAGCGAGGACGAGCGAGACCUUAUCUGGAGCGUUACCUCCCGCUUCCUGUUCGAGUUCAUCGUCGGCAUCUGCAUGAUCGCCAUCGUGACCUGGCUGUUGCUGUUCCGGAUGAAGGAGAUCAAGGAGUGCUGGAAGGUGCACACCCGCAUCCGCUACUACUUCGGCCUGACUCUCAUCGCCACCGCAGUCAAUCUUGUUCUCGGAAUUUUCGGCACCGUGUACAUCGUCGGAGGACGCCAGAGCAACCCGGGGUCAAGCACAGGCGGCCUUCGGAGUCUCAGGAGGUUGAGCAAGCGAAGCUCGAAGCCUCGUGUACCUCCUGCUCGACAGGCUCAAGGCCGCCCGGACGACAUUCUCACCACCAUCCGUCCGUCGCAGUCCGAUUGA